AUGGUACCAUGGGAGGAAGCAAUUGAGGAAACAUUUGAGCGUAAGAAGCUGCGGUAUGCCAACUUGGCAGCUGAGGCAGAGGACAGAGGCUGGAAGAUCAAGGUGGUGGAAGUGGGGUUUAGGGGCUUUGUUGCCAUGCGAGGCAGCGGGGCUGGGGGAUGGAGGCAGAGUCCGGGCUGUAGGGGUGGAGGAGGUGUGGGGGUCGGCUGUGAAGCCCCGGGCCCUGCUCGGCUUUGUUAUCCCGGGAUCGAGCUGCAGCCCUGCUCCGUAUUUCUGAGAGCCGAGGUGAGGAGCACAUGGACGGAAUCUGUGAGCUGUGCGUGGAUCAGAACCCGCUGCGUGGAUUUGUGCUGUGAGGACCUAGUGAAGGAGGACCCAGAAAAACACGACAGAUUCUUUUACUCCAGUUUGUGUCUCUUUGUGUUCAUCCACCUCCCUGCGCCCACACCAGCCUCCCCCGUUAUCCCCCCUCCGUCCUCCAUCAUGGCUCCAGAGCUCCGGGUCUCCUGCUUCUGCUGCCUGCUGGUGCUGCUGGUUCUCCCCGCCGUCCGGAGCUCGUUCCACCGCAGCGGUGUGGACUGCGGCCCCGGGAGGGCCGAAGACUGCCCAGAUUUGUCAGAGAAGAAAAGCGACCUGCGCGUGUGCGACACCGGGACGUGUCGCUUUGGAGGAACCUGCCGCGAGAAUGGCGCCGACAUCAAGUGUGUCUGUCAGUUCCACUGCAAUAAGAAGUACGUCCCCGUGUGCGGCUCCAACGGAGACACGUACCAGAACGAGUGUUUCCUGAGGAGAGCGGUGUGGUUUUAUGAGUUUAACCAGCAGAUCUCAGAAUCGUCCAAAAACCCAGCGUGUGAGGAUGCGUACGGGGGGCAGCAGUGUGAGCAGCUGCUGGACUUUAACAUCCUGUACGUGGUGCCCAGCGGGCAGAAGCUGCACUACGUCCUCAUUGCCGCCAUCAUCGGAGCUGUUCAGAUUGCUGUCAUCGUGGCCGUGGUCAUGUGCUUCACCAGGCGGUGCAACAAGACAAAGCGUGGUCGGAGGCAGAAGCAGCAUCUCGGGCACUUCCCGUCAGGAACGUCGUCCCGGAUGAUGUAGCUGCUCUUUCUUUUUUCAAUGAUUUUUUUAAUUUUCCAUCUUGUUUUUUAUAAAAUUCGACCUUUCGUACCACAGACUGCAUUUUUGAUAUCUCGACUUUUUGGUGCCUCUUCUUAUUUUCCCUCGUUUUUUGGAAUAACCCGACAUUACUGAGGGGCCUUAUGUUCCACCUUUCAUUCCUUUGGCUUCCCGUCUGCAGGUGGUUUUCAGUUUGUGGAGACGUGGCCGUGCUGCUGGCGUCCUCUCAGACUCUGAAACACUGUGGAAACUUUAUUUCUCUGAUUGUCUCGUCGCUCCGGACGUCCACACCGCAAACAGUGACGAUUGUCUCAGUUUUCGCCCGGUGAGACGCACAGCAGGAGCGCCUCCUUUUUAGUUUUUCGGCCACGUUAGAGCUCAUUCCUGCUACAGCUGCGGUUCUCGUCCGUCUUCCUCCCGCCCACACGAGGGCGGCGACCCUCAUCCUGAUUGGCUCUGGUGUACACGCACGUGCUGAUCUGUGGAUUCAUCUCUGCUGAAACAUGUCCACCUUUGUGGCGUUCGUGCCACAUAUUAAUGACCUGACGGGAGAUUCGACCCAACGCACAUUAGGCGGAACCCA